GCUAUUCAAAUACUAUAUAUGAUGUGAGUAUACCAGUCACUACUGCGUCGUGUGCCGGAAAUUCAAUCAUUCAAUUUCACCACCGAAUAUGAAGAAUUUACUGUAAAUACCGACACAAUGGCUAUUGCAUUCUGCGGAAAGAGAGUCAUUUUGACGAGGAACAGCUUCUUCAAGACCCUGAAACGUAGAAAUGGAUAUAUCAUCCUUCUGCCUGAGAUCGGUGAAGACCUGCCAGAGAAAAAUCCAUUACUCAAGGAGGAUGGCCUCCCCGAAUUCAAUACAUUCACCAUCGAAAAAUCGAUGGCUGCUAUCGGUCAACAGACAGUUUUGUUUGAGCAGGGAAUAGCAAAAAUAGAGAAUGAUAUUAAAGAGGCAGAAAAGUUGGACAUUGUGACCCAAGUGUUGCAUCCUCUGGAGGACCUCUCGAUUCCAUUGGAAACGACCUGGGGUGUGACGAAGGCUCUGUACUUCGGUAACCAGAGCCUGAUGCCAACGAAGUACUACCUGAACAUUCACAAUCGAAUGAUAAGAGCUCGUGCCACAAAAUUCACGAGUUUACCCAUCUAUAAAGCCCUGAAGGAGGCAUUCGCCUCAAAAGUUCCCCUGACACCUGAGCAAAAGCGUCUGAUCCAGAAGUACCUGUUGGAGGGUCGCCUGAACGGUCUUGACCUGACGGAGAAACAGACCGAAGACCUGCAGCACAGCAUCUUCCACUUGCACAAGAAAACAACAGAGAUGUUGAAAAAAGUGGAGAUAGCGACGUCAAUGUUCAAGACAACAGUCUCAGACCCAACAGUAAUGAAGGACUUCCCGGAGGAUUUCCUCCGUCAGAUCUCGGUAGAUUCGAAGAAUCCAAGGACAGGCCCCUGGAAGAUCACCCUGGAGCCCAGAAUUUACUCUCAAUUCAUGGAGAAUUGUCCAGACAGGGAACUACGGUGGAACGUGUGGCAGGCGUACGUUGGCAGAUGUGCGCUGCACAUGGAGAAUACCCUGAGGACAAGUGGCAACCUCGAGGACAUCAGAGACCACAGGAAGAACCAGGCAAAAGUCCUGGGUUACAGGUGCUACGCAGAGAUGAGUAUGGUGACGAAGACAGCUGGCAGCCUGGAAACAGUCUACUCAGUGCUAUCGAGACUCCUGGAGACAGCGAGACCAGCCCAAGAGCAAGAGCUCCAGGAAUUGACGACGUUUGCUCAUGACAGGGGCUUCGAUGGGGAUCUUCUGUGGUGGGAUGUGGAUUACUGGAGCAAAAAGCAUCGUAGAACAGUAUACAAUUACAAAGACGAAGUUCUUUGUGAGUACUUUCCUCUUCCCCAGGUACUCAAGGGUUUGUUUGGUCUCAUCGAGGAACUCUUCGAUGUGAGAAUCGUCGAGGGGAGAAAAACUGACGUGUGGCAUACAGACGUCAGGUUCUUCGAUGUGAUCGACCUGAAAGGCUCUGCCGAGCCCAUUGCCCAUUUCUACCUCGAUCCCUAUGCCAGAGAGAAGCACAAGAUGAAUCUGGAGGAGGGGGGCUGGAUGGUGGGGAUGCAGAGUGCCAGUAAAAUCAUGAUGACAAAGCCUUUGGCAGCUCUUGUAUUUAAUUUUCCAACUCCCUACGCAGAUGUUCCAUCUUUGCUGUCUGUUAAGGACGUGGUUAAGCUCUUUGAGAAGGUGGGAACUGCCCUCCAGCACAUGCUGACGACGGUAUCCUAUGGGGAGAUAGCAGGUCUUGCCAAUGUUGAGUGGGACUCUGUUGGAGUGAGUGGACACUUCAUGGCCAAUUGGUGUUACGAGCCCAGGGUCAUCAAAAAAAUAUCUAGUCAUUAUCGAACGGGGGAGGCUCUUGGGGAGGAGCACGUCGACAGUAUCAGGAAAAUUAGGUCUCAGAUGGCGGGUUUCAUGCUCUCCAAGGAAAUUUAUUUGUCAAGGUGCGAUCUGGAGCUUCACGAAUCUGAGGACUUCUGGCCGAAGAUACAGAAACGACUCUGGGAAGAGCACUUUGUUAUUCCUCAUGACUCCGAUGACUCCCAGAUCACUGCGUGGUCCUCGAUAUUUUGUCAUAAUUUGGGAGCUGCGUAUUAUAGUGAUUUGUGGAGUCAGAUGAUAGCUGCAGAUGUUUACAGUGCCUUCCUCGAGACCAAGGGCGAUAAGGAGGCUGUCCGGGAGACGGCAAACCGAUUUAGAGAGACUUUUCUCAGUCUUGGGGGAAGUGUACCUGCGGGCGAGGUCUUCAGGCGGUUUAGGGGACGUGAUCCCAAUUCUAAGGCAUUACUUAAGAACCUAGGACUGCAGUCCAAGGAUCCCAGAGAGUGAAUUUGUUGAUAUAAAUUAAUUGGUUUUAAUGCAGUGAUGAUCGGUUGAGGAAAUCUGCCAUCGAAUUUUUUUCAACGUUAUUUUUCGUUCAGAGAAUAAAACAAACAAACACAGGAGUAGCAAAUAUUCAUUUCAAUUAAAUUACACAAUGUAAAAUAAAUAAAUAUCAAUUAUGCCUCAAAAAAAAAAAUGAGCUUGAAGUAACAAAAAACAGUAUUGCAUCACGAAUUAUCGGAGUGAGUUCUUUAAUUAUUUUUCAACGAGUUAUGAAUCCAUCUCCUCACGAAACACCUAUUAUUCAGUGCUGCAUUAGAAUUGUAGAACGAGACCAAUUUCAGUGACUAAUUUAAUAAAUUUCGUUAUUGAUA